UUUUAGAAAACGUCAUCAACGUGAGGAGCGUGCGCCAUGGCGUCACAGUCGUUACCAUCUUCAGAAGGCUCGGAAGACACAUCCCUGGCCCAAGGUCUGCAGCAGUCAUCGGCUACAGAUCGGUAUUAGGACGCAGCAAAUGAGUUUCACUGCAUUCUGGGAUGUAACAGCUUUUAUGGUGCGGAUACGACAUGGAAAAUCAUAUCGGAGGAGUCAACCUACAGCUUGUAAGGACAUCUUUUUAAUUCUAGUCUGCAGAGAGGGGACGUACUGAUUCCCACAUGGAAACCAGUUUUGUGGGUGUCUGGAUGUCUUUUUAUUCGUACUUGCAGACAGAAAAGUGAUGCCACCAGCACAUGGACAAAAUAUCAUCAUGGAAAAACAGAAAUCAUUGAAUAGUGUUACUUCACCACAGUUGGGUGGAGAAUCAAAUACCUUCAUCUGUACUGAGUGUGGUGAUGGGUUCAGUCAGUACUCUAAUGUGUUGGCCCACAUGACCAUUCAUGGACCUUUGGAGUCAUUUUCCUUUGAUGGCUCAUCCAAUGGAUUUGAAGUCCCUAGAGAAUAUGUGCUACAAGAAAAUGGUACACUGACAGUUGUGAAUGGCUUGGUGCAGUCACAUUCUUUUGUGAAACCAGUAUCUCCUGGAGUCCUGCCACAGAAUUUUCCAUCCCCUGUCAAACCAGUGUCUCCAACUCUAAGGCCACAGCCUUCCCCUCAUAGAGAUAUGUUCAGGCAAAGGCCAUCAGACUUCAACUUGGAAAAGUCCCGUCAGGGUUAUUGUCGUUGUGAAAUAUGUGGCAGAUCAUUUAACAGUCUACAGAGUUUACAUCGUCACCAGCAGUAUCGAAACACAGAGCGAGGUUACAAGUGUACUUUGUGUUGUAAGAUCUUUGAAGGUAGACAGGACCUUAAGAAACACCUUCAAGACCAUGCCAAUGACAGGUUUCACUGCUGUAGUUACUGUGGUAAACGAUUCCUUAAAGUGGAUGCCCUGAAUGCUCAUCAAAAAGAAAAUCACUUCUCCCCCAAAGCUUCAGCUUUGGGUAAGUCAGAGAAUAGGCAGGGAAAAAAGUUUGAGAAAACCUUUACUUGUAGGAAGUGUAAGUUGAUGUUUUUCUGGAUGUCGGAUUUUCAAACACAUUCACUGUACCAUUGCAAAGGAAAGGAGCCUGAUGCUACUUUUACAUCUGAAGUGGAAACUGAAAUAAACUCUAAAAACCUAGAAAUUACACCACUUGAAAACUGCCACAGCAAUGGCACAUCUAUUGAUCUUACUAAUGGGGAUAGUGAAUUCUUUAGGGAUGCUAGCAGGGAGAUUGAUACAGAAUACUGUUUCACACCAUACAGAUGUGGUUUAUGUGGGGAUCGUUUCCAAAAAUUAGCCGCUCUAAAAGAGCAUCAUCUCACACAUCAAACACAGGAGGAAAUAGAUCAACUGAAUCAAGAAUCGCAAAGAAAUUUUAAGCGACGAAUACCACCUAAAGGCAAGCGUAGACGAGGGAGUAAUCCAAACGGCAAGCUGCAUCCUUGCAAGCACUGUCAUCGUGUCUUUAAUCAUUCAAGUAGUUUAUCUCGGCACAUGAGAUACCAUAAGGGCACUAUGCAUACAUGUGUAUUUUGUGGUAGACAUUUUCCACAGCGCUGUGAUUUGAGAAGGCAUGUAGCCAUGUACCACAAAGCUGAAGUGGAAAAGAAACACUUGUAUACAACUCCACAAACUGGAGCUACCCCCAGUUCUCUCAAUGGUGAGAAAAACCCAAGCUCUCCUGAUGAGAAAACCAAGAGCCCUUCUGACAAUGACCAAGCAACAUCACCAGAACAGGCUCCAAAGGGGGGACAAUCAGGAAAAGUGGGCCGAGUUAACUACAAGUGUCAGGAAUGUGGAAAGAGAUUUGGGCUGUUAUGUGUGUACCAACGGCACUUGCGCUAUCAUAAAAAGGGACCCAGUAAGUGCCCCCAGUGUCCAGCUCAAUUCAUGAAUUCUGCAUCCCUUGAGCUUCACCUUCAAAAUCACCCAAUUACUGGAGUAGCAGAUGAUAUUGGACGAACAUCUCUCGGCACUGGUACCAGUGGAGACCCUGCCCUAGAAAAGGGUAAUGCAGAGGACAUAGAGGAUGACUAUAUGGACCAUACCCAAAAUGUUAAAGGAAAUUCUUCUGAGGUUCUUUAUGAAUGCACUGAGUGCACUGAGACUUUCUCAUGCUUGGAGACAUUUCUUCAGCACCAGACUUCUCACGGUUCAGAAGACAAUGGGUAACUAUCCUGUCAGACCCAUUAGUCAUUUUUAUUGCAAACAGUCAAGCUCUCAGGAGUUUUUUAAACUUUUGAAUGUAGAUAUAUUAAUUAUUGUAUAGGUUGAUAAUUGAUGUAAAGUUUUGUUUGUAAUGGCUAUUUUAAAUAACUACUUUUAUAUAUUUUUUGUUGCUAUGAAGAGAACACGUGUUUACUGGUAAAUCUGAAACCAAUGGAAAUCGGACCACAAGACUUAGGUGGGGAGCAUGCCAAAUAACUUUUGCAUUUUCUCAGAAUUAAAAUAAAAAAGGACACAAUUACAACAUGUGCCUGACUUGGGUAAAAUGCAUGUUUAAACCUAAUGUCCUACAGGCGAUGGUUGUAGAUAAAACUUUAAAGGAUGCAUCAGUUGUUGACAAGUUAUGAUACAUGUGUUGCUUUUCAUUGUAUUUUUAGUGUCGGCCCAUGCUGUUUUUGUUAAACUGCUGCAUUUUUUUUUUUUAUUUGACUUUGAGAGUUUCUGCAAUGUGUUGUAUGUUUAGGCUAUAUCUUCCUUUUUGAAAGGAUGUCUUUGUCACCAUGUAAUUUUAAUUGUGCCAUUAAAAUUGUACAGAGAAGUUACUUAAUGA